GUGGCUCACGUCUUCUUGUGGAUUUUCUUCACUUGUUCGGACUACUGACUGUUAAGUGGGGAAUUGUUAGGUGAGAUGAUCAAGUGAGCGAAGUCUCUGCAACAGAAGGAACAUUAGUCAGCUACUCUCACUUCGUCCCAAUUUUUCAGCAGGUGGUUUGAGCUGCCUCAGCCGGGGAUCACAGUCACCAGAGGAACAAGAGAGAGCCAGACCCUUUUCAACUUUCAGCAAUGAUUGCCCCAGUAGUACUAGCUUUGACAGUGGGUUUUCUUGGGUGGGCAUAUCAGGCACUAAAGCCUCCCCCUCCUAAAAUAUGCGGUUCACCUGGUGGUCCUCCUGUCACUUCACCUAGAGUGAAACUCAGUGAUGGUAGAUAUUUGGCCUACAGGGAGUUUGGAGUGCCUAAAGAAGAGGCAAAACACAAGAUCAUCAUCAUUCAUGGCUUUAGCAGUUCCAAAGAUCUGGCUUUACCUGUUUCUCAAGAACUCGUUGACGAGUUAAGGGUAUAUUUUCUCUUCUUUGACAGAGCUGGUUAUGGCGAAAGUGAUCCGUAUCCCUCACGCUCAGUUAAGAGUGAAGCAUAUGAUAUUCAAGAACUAGCUGACACGUUGCAGAUUGGGUCCAAAUUCUAUGUAAUUGGAAUCUCAAUGGGGGCUUACCCUGUUUGGAGUUGCUUGAAAUACAUACCGCACAGAUUGUUAGGAGCUUCCCUGGUAGUUCCUUUUGUGAACUACUGGUGGCCUCGUAUUCCUGCUAAUCUAUUGAGAGAGUCCUUUCAGAGGCUGCAGGUAUCGGACCAACGGACAUUCCAAGUUGCACAUUACACCCCAUGGUUACUUCAUUGGUGGAUGACCCAGAAAUGGUUCACUGCAUUAAGUAUCAUGGCUGGAAAUAUGGAGAUCUUCUGCCCCAAAGAUUUAGAAACAUUGAAGAAACUUUCAGAAUCCCCAAGUGUUGGUCAGGAAAAGAUACAGCAGCAAGGAGAACACGAAUCUCUCUACCGAGACCUACUGGCUGGCUAUGGAAAAUGGGAAUUCGACCCCAUAGACUUAACGAAUCCAUUUCCUAACAAUGAGGGUUCAGUUCACAUUUGGCAAGGCUAUGCAGACAGGAUCAUUCCAUAUAAAGUAAACCGUUACAUUGCAGAGAAGCUUCCCUGGAUUCAUUAUCACGAAGUUCCUGAUUAUGGGCAUUUGCUUAUUUUUGAGAGUGAUCACUGUGAGGCUGUUUUGAAGGCACUCUUGCGUGGAUAAGUUCUAUGCUGAUGGUAUGCCUAAUCAUGCAGCCUUAUUUUUGAGUAAGGUCUGGUUGCUCAUUACCUAGCAAGUUUACCACCUAGCUAUCUUUCUUCUUGGAAGAGUAAGUUUUUGCAAUUAUUAAUAUUUUAUGUUUGAAAAACCAUAAUUUUUGUUUCACACGAAAGCUCUCCAAUUGAUCCAUGAAGUCCUGCGUGGAAGCCUACUGGUAUUAUUUGAGAUCAGUUGUUGCUUCAACCAAUAUGCCACGAUCUUAUGUAAAAUAAAGUUAUGGGCUUUGCCAUGAUCUUAUGUAAAAUAAAGUUAUGGGAUUGUUGUGACUAA